AUGUCGUCGUCCUCGUCCAAGUCUAACUUCUUCGGUCGCGCGUGGGACAGAGCACGCGGCAAGACUGAUGUCGAAAGAAUUUGCAAGAGAGUCUUCGAGGACCUGGCGGACAAGAACACGGGGCUCCUGGACAUCAACUCCCUUCACGUCGCCACCCUCAUGGUUUACAAUUCGAUCAACAAGCAGUUAGUCGGCCCUCACAAGGACCCUCCCCGCCUGAACACCAUCGCUGAAAACCAGGCGCACCGCGACAAGAAAGCGAUACUGUUCACGGAGUUCCAGGAGCUGAUCCUCGACUGGGUGCACAAGGACCUGCGGCUGGUGCUCGCGAACAAGGCCGCCGUCGCGAUCCUGGGCGCGCCGCUGCUCGCCGUGACGGCCAAGAACGCCGCCAGGCAGGUGCCGAGGAUAAGCGACGCCGUGGAGCAGGUGCCCACGCCGCUGCUCGCCACCGUCUUCUCCGUCUGGCUCAUGCUCCUGCAGGACGUCCGGCUGGGCAAGCAGAGGGAGUGA